AGUACUGUGUGUUGUUGCUGUUGCGUGAUACAGGCUGCAAUCAUAACCCACACAGGAUGUUCUCAGUCAUGGUUGCAGUAGAGGAACAACCCACUAUGUGUGAAACAUAUUUACCGUUCAGCACUACCUGACAUGACAUUACAAAGCAUCUCGUGUCAUGAGAGGACAGAAGUGCCAGAUUUGGGUGAGAGAAGAUAAGAAGUCAUGUCCGCUCAAAGUGCAAAGAAAAAAAGAUUUGGUUCACGUCGCCGAGCAGCAAACCAAAAUGAAAUAUCUAGGGGUGAUGAGUUCCACACAACGGACAGUACCUUUGUAGCUCAAUACCACAUACCAGAAGAAAAUACUGAGUCAUUAAAUGAAGUUGCUAGUCCUGACAAUUCACAGUCUGAAACACAACCCCUACCUUCACCUGAACUCUCAGGGAACAGGAGAAAACUGGGAUCUAGUCGAAGAAAUAAAAGACAGCAUGUUAAGGACUCGGAGACUGAAUCGCACCACAACCCCAGAGAGGAAGUAGAGGAAAAGACCAGGGGAGAGGAAACCACUGAAACGAAACAAAUGUCACUUGUAAUACAACAUAAGAGGCAGGAAGAGUUAAGUCAGGGCGCUGUGGAUAAUAUGUCUGCAACGCAUGACGAGUCUUUGUAUUCAGCCGUUACACCUCAUCAUCCUUCUGAGGUUCAAAACUCUUCAAUAAACUAUGCAGAGGCUGACCUGGAAAGUUUAAUUCCCAAAAGUGAAAAUCUGCAAGUAGACCAAGAUGAAAAUGAGACCAACUCUAGGGUGGUUUCUGACUCUUGUAAAUUAGUGGAAUAUAUGCAGGAAGGAAAUGACAAAUCUGACACUCUUCACAGUGAGGACGUCAAAGAAAGUGAACAUCUUCUUGGCAUUUCUGAGUUAAGUAGUUUAAGUGUACUUUCAUGCCCAACAGUAGAUCCUCAGCUGAUUGACCAAUUAAAUUCCAGGGAAAUGCCAGAAGAAAAAUUUCCAAAUAUGUAUUCUACAACAGAAAAAGACAGCAAUGAAAGAGACGACAACACAGAAUUGUUAAAGCAGCAUGGAAACUUACAGGGCAACUUCUUAGUGAGUGAGUCACAUGUGGAAUCAGUUGCUAUGCAGUUUUCUACCACACCAGUGAUAACCACAGAAAAAAUGAGCUCAAGAGAAAACACUGACACUGAAUGCCGUGUUUGGCAAGCAGCAAUUUCAACAGCAGAAGAGGUGUUACAUACAGAUGAGGAACAAAAUGAGCAUUUCAACUUAUCUGAAGUCAGAGGUGAUCAUCAGUCAGAAGAUGCUGAAAACAAAGUUCAUGAACAAAAGAUUAAGCCAACAGAAAUACAUGAAAUCACAUCUGAAAUGUUGAUACAUGAUGCCACAGAAAAUCCUGAAAUCAUUUCUGAAAACCUUACAGACCAAACUGACAUGAGUGGCACACAGCAGCCUGAGUUUGUUGUGAAAAUCACAGAUGAUUGUCUCACCAGUAAUGAAAUUUCAAGUUCUGACAGCAAACAGGAUGAGCAUCAUACAGAUGAAAGCAACGCUGAGGCUUUAGAGGAGAAAAAUGAGGAUUAUCAUGUAUAUCAUACCAAGAAACCACCAAUCAGCGACAUAGAAAGAGUAGACACUGUACUUGGUCAGGUAUAUGAGAUGGAAGGCCAAGUAGAGGAUGAUAUAAAACCCAGUGUUGAACAAACAGGUCAUCAGGAGAAGGAUAGACUUUUCUAUGAAAUGGAGGAGAGUGAGUCCCCCUUACGAACCCUGAAAUCAGAAAUAAAUUCUCCUUUUGAUUCCGAACAUCAGCAAGAUGACACAGGCUUCAACCCCCUUGGGAACAGAAGAAAACUGGGGUCUAGUCGUAGAAAUAAAGGACGACAACAUGUCAAGGACCCUGAUGCUGAAUCAUACCACCAAGCUGCAGAGGAUGUUGUUGGAAAUACCAGGGAUAAUGAACCCCUUGAAACAACAGAAAUGUCACUGACAAUAAAAACAGCAAUGCAGGGAAAAACAAAUGAAACCAUGCUGGAAGGAAUCGACAAAUUUGACACUGCUGAGACUGAAGAUGUUGGUGAUCAAGUUAAAGAAAAUGCACUUUGCACUGAUAUACAUUCAAGUUCAACAGUAGAUCAACAAACAAUCGACCAAUCAAACAUCAGGAAGCUACCAGAUGAGGAGCUUCCCAGUUCGUGUUCUGUAACUGAAAGAGACGAGAACACGGAACUGCUUGAGCAGUGGGGAAUUUUGCAGUCCAACGAUUUGGUGAGUGAGGGUGUAGAGUCGUCUAUCGCAUCAGAGAUAACCACAGAUAAUCAUGACCCCAAAGAGCACACAGAGCCUGAAUGUAGUGUUGAACAAGCACUAUUUUCAUUGCCAAUAGAAAGGUUGCCAACAAAUGAGGAACAAAAUGAGCAUUUCAACUUGUCUGAAGUCAGAGGUGAUCAUCAGUCAGAGGAUGCUGAAAGUAAAGUGCAUGAACAGGAAAUUAAGCCAACAGAAAUGCCUCAAACUGAACAUUCAUCUGAAAUGUUGAUACAUGAUGCCACAGAGAAUCCUGAAAUCACCUCUGGAAACCUGACAGACCAAACUGAAGUCAGUGAUACACACCAAUCUGAUUUGAUACUGAAAAGUGUUAAUGCUUCUCCUACCAAUCAGGAAAUUUCAAAUCCUGAUGACAAAGAGGAUGAGCAUCAUACAGAAGAAAGCAAUGUUGAGCCUUUAGAGCAGAAAAAUGAGGAUUAUCAUGUUUAUGAUACCAAGAAAGCACCAAUCAGCGACAUAGAAAGAGCAGACACUGCACUAGGUCAGGUGUCUGAGGUGGAAGGCCAAGUAGAGGAUGAUGUAAAACCUAGUGAUGAACAAACAGAUCAUCAGGAGAAGGAAGGACUCUUUUCCGAAAUUGAGGAGAGUGAAUCUUCUUUACAAACCCUGCAAUCAGAAGUAAAUUCUCCUUUUGAUUCCCAACAUCAUACCAGGGAUAAUGAACCCCUGGAAACAACAGAAAUGUCAUUAACAACAGAGACAGCAGUGCAGGAAAAAACAAAUGAAACCAUGCUGGAAGGAACUGACAAAUUCAACACUGCUGAGACUGAAGAUGUUAGUGAUCAAGUUAAAGAAAAUGAACAUGGUGGCACACAUAUUGGCACUGAUGUACCUUUAAGUUCAACGGUAGAUCAACAGACGAUCGACCAAUCAAACAUCAGGGAAAUGCCAGAUGAUGAACUAACUAAUGUGUGUUCUGUAACUGAAAGAAAGGAAAGAGAUGAGAACACGGAACUGCUUAAGCAGUGGGGAAUUUUGCAGUCCAACGAUUUGAUGAGUGAGGAUGUAGAGUCGUCUAUCACAUCAGAGAUAACCACAGAUAAACAUGACCCCAGAGAGCAUACAGAGCCUGAAUACAGUGUUGAACAAGCAAUAUUUUCAUUGCCAAAAGAAGAGUCGCCCACAAAUGAGGAACAAAAUGAGCAUUUCAACUUGUCUGAAGUCAGUGGUGAUCAUCAGUCAGAGGAUGCUGAAAGUAAAGUGCAUGAGCAGGAGAUUAAGCCAACAGAAAUGCUUCAAACUGAACACUCAUCUGAAAUGUUGAUACAUGAUGCCACAGAGAAUCCUGAAAUCACUUCUGAAAACCUGACAGACCAAACUGAAGUCAGUGAUACACACCAAUCUGAGUGGGUUGCAAAAAGUGCUAAUGAUUCUCCUCUAAAGCAGGAUAUUUCAAAUCCUGACAACCAACAGGAUGAGCAUCUUACAAAAGAAAGCAACUUUGAGGUGUUAGAGCAGAAAAAGGAGGAUAAUCAUGCUUAUGAUAUCAAGACACCACCGAUCAGCAGCAUAGAAAGAGUAGAUACUGCACUCAGUCAGGUGUAUGAGAUGGAAGGCCAAUUAGAGGAUGAUAUAAAACCCAGUGAUGAACAAACAGGUCAUCAGAAGAAGGGAGGACUCUUUUCUGAAAUGGAGGAGAGUGAAUCCUCUUUACAAACCCUACAAUCAGGUACAAAUGCUCGUUUUGAUUCCCAACAUCAGCAAAGCGACACAGGUUUCAACCCCCUUGGGAACAGAAGAAAACUGGGGUCCAGCCGCAGAAAUAGAGGAAGACGUCAUGUCAAGGACUCUGAUGCUGAAUCACCCCACACACCUACAGAGGAUGUUGUUGGAAAUACCAGGGAUAAUGAACCCUUGGAAACAACAGAAAUGUCACUGACAAUAGAAACAGCAAUGCAGGGAGAAACAAAUGAAACCAUGCUGGAAGGAAUCGACAAAUUUGACACUGCUGAGACUGAAGAUGUUAGUGAUCAAGUUAAAGAAAAUAAACUUGUUGGCACUGAUUUACUUUCAAGUUCAACAGUAGAUCAACAGACAAUCGACCAAUCAAACAUCAGGAAGAUACCAGAUGAGGAGCUUCCCAGUUCGUGUUCUGUAACUGAAAGUAAGGAAAGAGACGAGAACACGGAACUGCUUAAGCAGUGGGGAAUUUUGCAGUCCAACGAUUUGGUGAGUGAGGGUGUAGAGUCGUCUGUCGCAUCAGAGAUAACCACAGAUAAACAUGACCCCAAAGAGCACACAGAGCCUGAAUGUGGUGUUGAACAAGCACUAUUUUCAUUGCCAAAAGAAGAGUUGCCAACAAAUGAGGAACAAAAUGAGCAUUUCAACUUGUCUGAAGUCAGUGGUGAUCAUCAAUCACAGGAUGCUGAAAGUAAAGUGCAUGAACAGGAAAUUAAGCCAACAGAAAUGCCUCAAACUGAACAUUCAUCUGAAAUGUUGAUACAUGAUGCCACAGAGAAUCCUGAAAUCACCUCUGGAAACCUGAUAGACCAAACUGAAGUCAGUGAUACACACCAAUCUGAUUUGAUACUGAAAAGUGUUAAUGCUUCUCCUACCAAUCAGGAAAUUUCAAAUCCUGAUGACAAAGAGGAUGAGCAUCAUACAGAAGAAAGCAAUGUUGAGCCUUUAGAGCAGAAAAAUGAGGAUUAUCAUGUUUAUGAUACCAAGAAAGCACCAAUCAGCGACAUAGAAAGAGCAGACACUGCACUAGGUCAGGUGUCUGAGGUGGAAGGCCAAGUAGAGGAUGAUGUAAAACCUAGUGAUGAACAAACAGAUCAUCAGGAGAAGGAAGGACUCUUUUCCGAAAUUGAGGAGAGUGAAUCUUCUUUACAAACCCUGCAAUCAGAAGUAAAUUCUCCUUUUGAUUCCCAGCAUCAGCAAGAUGACACAGGCUUCAACCCCCUUGGGAACAGAAGAAAACUGGGGUCCAGCCGCAGAAAUAGAGGAAGACGUCAUGUCAAGGACCCUGAUGCUGAAUCAUACCAUGAACCUACAGAGGAUGUUGUUGGAAAUACCAGAGAUAAUGAACCCCUGGAAACAACAGAAAUGUCAUUAACAACAGAGACAGCAAUGCAGGAAAAAACAAGUGAAACCAUGCUGGAAGGAAUCGACAAAUUUGACACUACUGAUGCUGAAGAUGUUAGUGAUCAGGUUAAAGAAAAGGAACAUGUUGUCACACUUGUUGGCACUGAUUUACAUUCAAGUUCAACAGUAGAUCAACAGACAAUCGACCAAUCAAACAUCAGGGAGAUGCCAGAUGAGGAGCUUCCCAGUUCGUGUUCUGUAACAGAAAAGGAAAUGGACGAGGACACAGAGCUGCUCGGGCAGUCAGGAAUUUUGCAGUCCAACAAUUUGGUGAGUGAGGAUGUAGAGUCGUCUAUCACAUCAGAGAUAACCACAGAUAAACAUGACCCCAGAGAGCACACAGAGCCUGAAUACAGUGUUGAACAAGCAAUAUUUUCAUUGCUAAAAGAAGAGUUGCCCACAAAUGAGGAACAAAAUGAGCAUUUCAACUUGUCUGAAGUCAGUGGUGAUCAUCAAUCACAGGAUGCUGAAAGUAAAGUGCAUGAGCAGGAGAUUGAGCCAACAGAAAUGCCUCAAACUGAAUACUCAUCUGAAAUGUUGAUACAUGAUGCCAUAGAGAAUCCUGAAAUCAUUUCUGAAAACCUGACAGACCAAACCGAAGUCAGUGAUGCACAUCAAUCUGAGUUGAGUGUAAACAGUGCUGAUGAUUCUCCCUUCAAGCAGGAAAUUUUAGAUCCUAAUGACAAAGAGGAUGAGCAUCAUACAGAAGAAAGCAACUUUGAGACUUCAGAGCAGAAACAUGAAGAAUAUAAUGUUUAUGAUACCAAGACACCACCGAUCAGCAACAUAGAAAGAGUAGACACUGUACUUGGUCAGGUAUAUGAGAUGGGAUGCAGAGUAGAGGAUGAUAUAAAAUCUAGUGAUGAACAAACAGGUCAUCAGGAGAAGGAAGCAGUCUUCUCUGAAAUGGAGGCGAGUGAAUCCUCUUUACAAACCCUGCAAUCAGAAAUAAAUUCUCCUUUUGACUCUCAACAUCAGCAAAAUGAAACAGGCCUCAACCCCCUUGGGAACAGAAAAAAACUGGGGUCUAGCCGAAGAAAUAAAGGUAGACGUCAUGUCAAGGACUCUCAUACUGAAUCACACCACACACCUUCAGAGGAUGUUGUUGGAAAUACCAGGGAUAAUGAACCCCUUGAAACAACAGAAAUGUCAUUAACAACAGAGACAGCAAUGCAGGGAAAAACAAAUGAAACCAUGCUGGAAGGAAUCGACAAAUUUGACACUGCUGAGACUGAAGAUGUUGGUGAUCAGGUUAAAGAAAAUGCACUUGGCACUGAUAUACAUUCAAGUUCAACAGAAGAUCAACAGACAAUCGACCAAUUAAUUUUCAGGGAGAUGCCAGAUAAAGAACUUCCUGAUGUGCGCUCUGUGCCAGAAAAGGAAAGCAAGGAUAGAGACGAGGACACAGAAUUGUUGAGGCAUGAUGGAAAUUUACAGACCAACCGUUUAGUGAGUGAAUUACAUGAGAAUUCAGCAGAUUUAGAGUCCUCUAUCACAUCAGAGAUAACCACAGAUAAACACAACCCCAGAGAGCAUACAGAGCCUGAAGUCAGAGGUGAUCAUCAGUCAGAGAAUGCUGUGAAUAUAGUGGAUGGACAGGAGGUAAAGCAAACACAAAUGCUAGAAAUGCCUCAAAUUGAACAGUCAUCUGAAAGGUUGAUACAUGAUACCACAGAGAAUCUUAAAAUCACCUCUGGAGACCUUACAGACCAAACUGAAGUCAGUGAUACACACCAAUCUGAGUUAAUUAUGAGAAGUGCCAAUGAUUCUUCUACCAAUCAGGAAAUUUUAAAUCCUGAUGAGAAACAGGAUGAGCAUCAUACAAAAGAAAGCAAUACUGAGGCUUUAGAGCAGAUAAAUGAAGAUUAUCAUGUUUAUGAUACCAAGACACCACCGAUCAGCGACGUAGAGAGAGUAGACACUGCAUUCGGUCAGGUGUAUGAGAUGGAAGGCCAAUUAGAGGAUGAUAUGAAACCCAGUGUUGAACAAACAGGUCAUCAGGAAAGGGAAGGAGUCUUCUCUGAAAUGGAGGAGAGUGAAUCCUCUUUACAAACCCAGCAAUCAGAUAUAAAUGCUCGUUUUGACUCCCAACAUCAGCAAAAUGACACAGGCUUCAACCCCCUUGGAAACAGAAGAAAACUGGGGUCUAGCCGCAGAAAUAGAGGAAGACGUCAUGUCAAGGACCCUGAUGCUGAAUCAUACCAUGAACCUACAGAGGAUGUUGUUGGAAAUACCAGGCAUAAUGAACCCCUUGAAAAAACAGAAAUGUCACUAACAAUAGAGACAGCAGUGCAGGAAAAAACAAAUGAAACCAUGCUGGAAGGAAUCGACAAAUUUGACACUACUGAGGCUGAAGAUGUUAGUGAUCAAGUUAAAGAAAAUGAUCAUGUUGUCACACUUGUUGGCACUGAUUUACAUUCAAGCUCAACAGUAGAUCAACAGACGAUCGACCAAUCAAAUGUCAGGGAGAUACCAGAUGAAGAACUUCCCAGUUCGUGUUCUGUUACAGAAAAAGAAAGCAAGGAAACAGACAAGGACACAGAGCUGCUCAAGCAGUCGGGAAUUUUACAGACCAACUAUUUACUGGGUGAACCACAUGUGAAAUCAAGAGCUUUAGAGUCCUCUAUCACAUCAGAGAUAACCACAGAUAACCUCAGCUCCAGAGAGCAUACAGAGCCUGAAGUAAGAGGUGAUCCUCAGUCAGAGGAUGCUGAAAGUCACAUGCAUGAACAGGAGAUUAAGCCAGCAGAAAUACAUGAAAUCAUGUCCGAAAUGUUGAUACAUGAUGCCACAGAAAAUCCUGAAAACCUUACAGACCAAACUGACAUGAGUGGCACACAGCAGUCUGAGUUCAUUGUGAAAAUCACCAAUGAUUUUCUCACCAGUAAUGAAAUUUCAAGUUCUGAUGACAAACAGGAUGAGCAUCAUAUGAAAGAAAGCAACGCUGAGGCUUUAGAGCAGAAAAAUGAGGAUUAUCAUGUUUAUGAUACCAAGAAAGCAACAAUCAGCGACAUAGAAAGAGUAGACACUGCACUAGGUCAGGUGUCUGAGGUGGAAGGCCAAGUAGAGGAUGAUGUAAAACCUAGUGAUGAACAAACAGAUCAUCAGGAGAAGGAAGGACUCUUUGAUAAAAUGGAGGAGAGUGAAUCCUCUUUACAAACCCUGCAAUCAGAAACAAAUGUUCCUUUUGAUUCCCAACAUCAGCAAAGCGACACAGGCUUCAACCCCCUUGGGAACAGAAGAAAACUGGGGUCUAGUCGCAGAAAUAGAGGAAGACGUCAUGUCAAGGACCCUGAUGCUGAAUCACACCAUACACCUACAGAGGAUGUUGUUGGAAAUACCAGAGAUAAUGAACCCCUGGAAACAACAGAAAUGUCACUGACAAUAGAAACAGCAAUGCAGGGAGAAACAAAUGAAACCAUGCUGGAAGGAACUGACAAAUUCAGUACUGCUGAGACUGAAGAUGUUAGUGAUCAAGUUAAAGAAAAUGAACAUGGUGGCACACUUGUUAGCACUGAUUUACAUUCAAGUUCAACAGUAGAUCAACAGACAAUCGACCAAUCAAACAGGGAGAUGCCAGAUGAGGAGCUUCCCAGUUCGUGUUCUGUUACAGACAAAGAAAGCAAGGAAACAGACGAGGACACAGAGCUGCUCAAGCAGUCGGGAAUUUUACAGUCCAACGAUUUAGUGAGUGAACCACAUGUGAAAUCAAGAGCUUUAGAGUCCUCUAUCACAUCAGAGAUAACCACAGAUAAACAUGACUCCAGAGAGCAUACAGAGCCUGAAGUCAGUGAUCAUCAGUCAGAGGAUGCUGAAAGUAAAGUGCAUGAACAGGAGAUUAAGCCAACAGAAAUGCCUCAAACUGAACACUCAUCUGAAAGGUUGAUACAUGGUGCCACAGAGAAUCCUGAAAUCACUUCUGGAAACCUGAUAGACCAUACUGAAGUUAGUGAUACACACCAAUCUGAGUGGGUUGUUAAAAGUACUUAUGAUUCUCCUUUCAAGCAGGACAUUUCAAAUCCUAAUGACACAGAAAGAGUAGACACUGCAUUAGGUCAUAUGUAUGAGAUGGAAGACAGAGUAGAGGAUGAUAUAAAACCCAGUGUUAAACAAACAGAUCAUCAGGAAAAGCAAGGAGUCUUCUCUGAAAUGGAGGAGAGUGAAUCCGCUUUACAAACCCAGCAAUCAGAAGUAAAUGCUCCUUUUGACUCCCAACAUCAGCAAAGCGACACAGGCUUCAACCCCCUUGGGAACAGAAGAAAACUGGGGUCUAGUCGCAGAAAUAGGGGAAGACGUCAUGUCAAGGACUCUGAUGCUGAAUCACACCAUACACCUACAGAGGAUGUUGUUGGAAAUACCAGGGAUAAUGAACCCUUGGAAACAUCAUUAACAAUAGAGACAGCAGUGCAGGAAAAAACAAAUGAAACCAUGCUGGAAGGAAUCGACAAAUUUGACACUGCUGAGACUGAAGAUGUUAGUGAUCAAGUUAAAGACAAUGAACAUGUUGUCACACUUGUUGGCACCGAUGUACAUUCAAGUUCAACAGUAGAUCAACAGACAAUGGGCCAAUUAAAUUUCAGGGAGAUGCCAGAUAAAGAACUUCCCAAUGUGUGUUCUGCACCAGAAAUAGAAAGCAAGGACAGAGACGAGGACACAGGAUUGUUAAGGCAGGAUGGAAAUUUACAGACCAACUUCUUGGUGAGUGAAUCACGUGUGGAAUCAGCAGAUUUAGAGUCCUCUAUCACACCGGAGAUAACCACAGAUAAACACAGCCAGAGAAAACAUACUGAAAUUGAAUGCAUUGUUGAGCAAGCAGUCUUUUCAUCAUCAAAAGAUGAUUUGUCUACAGAUGAGGAACAUAAAGAGCCAAAAGUCAGAGGAGCUCAUCAUUUACAGGAUGCUGUAAAUGAAGAGGAGGUCAAGUCAACACAAGUGCAAGAAAUGCAUCAAAUUGAUAACUCCUCAGUUAUGGAGAUUGAAUCUUCUUUACAAACACUGCAAUCAGAAAUGAAUACUCCUUUGGACUCCCAUCCUCUGGACAAUUCUCAGAGUAUCAAAGAGCAAACUCACACAGGCUUCAGUUCCACAGGGAAUAGAAGGAAAUUGGGGUCAAGCCGAAGAAAUAAAGGACGACUGCACGUCGAGGACACGACAAAAAUAUCUUUGGUAACGGAGACAACGAGGCAGGAAGAAUUAAAAGAGCAAACCGGCCUAGACUUCAAAUCCGCUGGGGAAAUGAGAAAAAUUAGAUCGGCUGUAAAUGAUGGAGAAAACACAGACAAGAUCUUUGCAGAAGACACACUUUUGUCACAGAAUGUGAUGGACAACAGUACAAACUUGACAACAGACAUUGCUUCAAGCUCAGGCAAACAUGAUGUAGUCAAAUCCAAUAAGGAAGUCAGUGAUGAGGAAAAUAAGCUCAUGAAAGAGUCUGAUCAUUUAAAUCAGCUUACAGGAUGUGACACAGUUAAAACGGACUUGAUACAAUCACCAGAAGUCUCAGUUUGGAAAGACGAUGCAGACAUACAGAGUAUCUCUUAUCAUGAUGACAGUGUAACAGCCAGGUUAAUUGCUUCAGAUGCUCUUGAGCAAGAAGAAGCCUUUCAUGUCCAAAACACGGAAGCUUUACCCAGUGACAAAGAAAUUAGUAUGCAAAAGACAAAUGAUACAUUAGAAACUGUGAGAGAUGUCAUAAUAAAAGACUUAAGUACAGGAGAGGAGGGUGCAAUGUAUGUACAAGGUUCUGGACAGGAUGAAGAUGGAGAACAAUUUGAAGAUUCUAUGAAGAAAGAUCACAAAGACAGAGAAAUUAAUGUUGAACUGUUUUCUGCUGAACACAGCAAAACUGAUACCCCAUCUGACAUUGGUCUUGAGGAAAAGUUAAGAGCAGAGCCAGCUGUGGAUGUGUCUGAGGAAAGUGGAAUUUCCAGCAAACAAGAAAAAACUCAUUUAGACGGCAGUGAAACUUUGCAAGUAGAACCCAAACAGAGGAGGAGAAAGAUGGGCUCUACUCGCCGGAGUCAACUCAAUAGAAAACCAGAGGAAAAGAGAACAGAAACAAUAGAUAGUGACUUUAACACAGAGGCUGACAUGAAAAAUCUUGACAAGAGGGGAGUAGUGGAGGAGUUACCAGUGACUGUAGCUGCAGAGGUGUCACCCAGUGAAAAAGCAAAACCAUCACUGAGUCCUGCCUCCCACAAUGAAGAAGCUGUUGAUCCUGUUAAGUUUGUUCAGGUAGCUGAUGUGAGGGAGAGGGAGAGAAAUGUAGAUGUUAGUGUGGAGCCAUCACAGAUAGAUGAUUUUACAGCCAUUGAGGUGGAUAUAGCAUCUGUGCUUGCUGGAGAUAACUCAAUAAAUCCAUUGCUCUCUGCUAAUACUGAAGACACUACAGAGGAGAGUUUUGUGUCUUUAUGUGAGACCACACAGAGUGCACAAAAUGAUGAGGAUAGGCCAGAGAGUGUAAGCGUUACAAAUAACCAAGCUCUGAAAUCAGCAGAGCAGUCUGAUGUGGCAGUUUUGGAUAUUGUGAAAUCUGAAGUCAGAGGAGGAACUGGAGAGGAGCAUUUGAGUGCCCAGGCUAGUGAAGAAGAGCCAGACAACAUGAAUGAAGGAGCUCACAAUAAAAAUCCCGAGGGGAAGAACAGGAGAAGAAAGUUGGGCUCCUCCAGAAGGAAUCUCCCAUUGCGAACCAAGCGGGAAGACUUGCAUCAAAAGCAGGAAGUGGAUGAUGAGGCAACAGAGGCUGCAACUAAUGUGGGAGAUGUAAAGACUGAAAGUUUGUCAGGCAUCAUUGAAGAUGAGGAGCAGCUUCACGUGGCAGACAAAGACAUUGGCUCUAAAGAAAGGAAAGAAACAGUGUUUGAAACAGAGGAGCAUGGCCACACUGGUGAGUCUCAAGAAAAUCCUGUUUCUGGUGGCCAACUAGUGGAAACAGAGCAUCAGCCAACUCCAAAUGAUCCCUCUGCCAUACCUUCCUCUUCACCCAAACAAGAUUCAGUGUCAGAAUUGACAUCUAGUGGGAAAAGAAGAAAAAUGGGAUCUCACCGGAAGUCACAUGGACACCAAAACAAUGAAAACCAAACUGCAGGAGGGGACAGAAUAACAGAUACACAAAAUGGGCAAGAUGUCAGAGGUACCCGGGAUCAAAGUGCCAUCAAGACAACUGAAGAGCUGAGAGAAAAGUCCUUGGGCCUGGGUAAAAUACCAGAGGUUGAUGAAAGUGACAAGACACCAUCAUCUAACAUCAGCACCUCAAAGGAAGGAGAGCACUCGAGGCCUGUGAGUGACAAGACGCCUCAACCAGUGACUCCAAUUCAACACCGUUCUGCUGAUAUCUGCCUGGGUCAAGAGAGUCAGACGAAGUUCUCUCUGGCAGGUAAUGCCAGAGCAGCAGAUCUUAGAUCUAACGCUUACAAUGUGAUGAUGAUUGGAGACAGCAGUGUGGGCAAAACCUCCUUCAUAAAAAGAGCUCAAAGUGGAAAGUUUUCGUUAGAUUUACCCGCCUCUGUUGGUCUGGAUUCCUGCAUGUGGACUGUGGUAGUGGAAGGAAAACCUGUGGUCCUGCAGUUGUGGGAUACUGCCGGUCAAGAAAGGUUUCACAGCAUCACAAGACAGAUUUUCCACAAAGCCCAGGCAUUUCUCCUGAUGUAUGACAUCACUUGCUCUCAGAGUUUUUCUGCAGUCAGCUACUGGGCAAGCUGUAUUCAGGAAGGUGCUGCAGAGGACGUGAUGGUUUUACUUGUUGGGAAUAAGAGUGAUUGUGCAAAGCGGCAGGUAAAAACUCAGGAGGCGGAAAGUCUCGCUAAGGAAUACAACUUUGAAUUCAUGGAGUGCAGCGCUGCCACAGGUGAAAAUGUGGUUCAGUCUUUGGAGACUGUAGCCAGGAUGUUGAGUCAAAGAGAUGACACAAGAGAGGAGGCCAUGGUGUUACACAAAGAGCCCCAAAAGAAAAAAUCAUCAGGAUGUUGCUGAACGAGACAUGUGUCUGAAAAGUUGGUGAAGAAAUCCUGCUCACAGUGGACACACUGAACUGGCUGAACUGGCUUUUCAAAGAUGAAAACUGGUACUCCGACCAUCUGUGUUCUUAAUAGUUUUUAUCAUAAACUAUAUUCAUUUACACAAAAGUAUACAAGUUGAAUUUCCUUUUCACACUUACCUUCAGAUGUUUUAUUAUUCUACCAAGCCUUAUCUUGACAAUCUAGAGAACUGUUUAAAGGGACAGUAACCCCCAAAUCAAAAAUAGGUAAAGUAUACUGUUCCACUUUUGGAAAUGGAGCAUUUUCAGAUGAGAGAGGAAGCCACAGAGGUUUUCGAUUUGAUGUACGCUCACUCUACAUACCAUACUGUAGAGCUGAUGCAUGCUUUUUUCACUGACCAGUUUUAAGUGAUCAGAGGAAUAAUUAUCACAAAUGGCUAAUGGAUUUCUUUUUAAUCAUUUUGUGUGUUUUAUCUUUUCUUCUUCCUCUCUGCAAUAAUGAAGCUUCACUCUACUGGUGCAAUCCAAAUGAUCACAUCAAGUCAAUAUUUGUACAGUCUUGUUACAGAUGGAGGUAUUUUCAUUUCAGGAUUCAUUAACCAAUCUCUUAAGCCUGCAGAAAAGUUUCUCAGGUACUCAGCUGAAAAAAAGAAGCACCCACAAAGAGUAUCCUUAAUAUUGUACAGCUAUUAAGUACUUGUUCUAUCAUGUCUAUACUUAAAGGAACUUUAUAAUGUUACUUUUAUCAUACAAAUGUUUAUUAAAUGUUGCUUUAAAUUACACUGCUGCUAAAUCUUAACAAGCAAAUUACCACUUGGAAGUUACAAAACAUGGUAUCAAAGUGCUAUUAUCAGGUUUUUUUUAUAUAAUAAGUCUUUGUAGAAUAUUUCGGUGUUUACAAGCAACUUGUGCAAUACGCCUGUGAACAAGAGCAUCCUUUCUUCGUUGUAGCUGUUAAGUUCAGUGUUAUUCUGUUAUUACAUUAACUUAUGAUUUUGUACAUUUACUAUCUGUUCUAAAUGAACGGCGUUGGCACCACUGCAGUCAUCACACAGCUGCCAGAUAAUCAUAAAUACAUUUCAUGCCUCUAUAAUUAAAGACAGAGGUAGUAAAAUAAAUAACUAUACGUGUAAAUUAUCUCUGUGUAUUUCUGUAUGACUGGUGUGGUUAAAUACCUUUAAUCAGAUUGUUUUAAUGUUUUGCCUCACGCUUAAUAAACCUCCAGAAUGGC